UCAUGCUGCUGCCAGGUCCAGAGUCUCUCAUGGGUCCCUGUACGGCCUCCCAUUGCUGCUGUCUCCAUCGCCACACUCUGCCAUGUGCCACUUUCAGGUCUCCUCACACUGCUGGUGUGUUCAAUUUUUUGACAUAGGGUGCUGGCAGAUUACGGGCCUCCCAUAGCUGCUGCCAGGCCCCUAAUCUGCCAUGGGCCCCUAUACCGCCUCCUCAUCAUGCUGCUGCCAAGGUCCAGAGUCUCUCAUGGGUCCCUGUACGGCCUCCCAUUGCUGCUGUCUCCAUCGCCACACUCUGCCAUGUGCCACUUUCAGGUCUCCUCACACUGCUGGUGUGUUCAAUUUUUUUGAC